GUCUGCCAUGCAUGCAUCCAUGUCGGUGGAGGAGGAUAGCCUGGCUGCAGGGAAAAAAUGGACCGGCUGCAGCUGCUGAACCAUAUUGACAGCAUUGAUUUUUGGAGUCAUUUUGGCGAGCAAUGACUGAAUGGAGGAGAAGGCCAACAGAUGGGGCUGUCAUCCUGAACUGUGGAGCUGGCUGGCUGGGACUAGGGUUCAAUUGGAUGCAGAAGUAGCGGCCGUAACUGGAACUGUAGCGAAAGUUGCAGGAGCUGUUUGCUUGUUUCUGUGGCUUCCCUGGGACUAGAUGGAGUCCCAGAUUGGGGGGGUUCGACACUGAUGUUCCAAAAACAGUGAGAGAGGUCUUCCUACUAAGCUGCAACUGCUGCUGUAAACUAAUACUGUUUUGAAGCAAUGCACCCAAAGGCCUGGGCACUGGCCACUCUGUAAUACUGGGAGCAAUGAAUAACUACUUGCCAGAUGAGAGCUCUGACAGGCAGGAACAGCACUCUCUUCAGAUUGGCUUCCUCUGCUUCAGAUUGCUUUUGCUGUGAAUCCAUGGUGCCUACGAUUGUCAUGGUGGAUCCUCAUCAUGGACAGGGCUCAACAUGACGAGCAUUAGGUAAAAGACCCAGCAAGCGGUCCUUAAAACCAUCUGCACAUUCAUGAGCUAUUGAGCAUUGACCAUUUAUGGAUGACUGUGGCCCUACAAUGGGUGACGAAGUGGGAUGAGACGAGGAGGAGCACAUGCGUGCACAAUUCACUGCAGGGGCAGGUCCCAGGAGCUGGCAGUUGCUGCAGGUGACACACCUGAUGCCCAUCAGCUCAUCAAGCCUCUGCUCAAAUACUCCAGUUUUUCAGUUACUCACUGACAGAUUGCUGCAGUUUCCUUUGCGGAAUCCUCUGCUGCACUGGACCUGCUUCGGCCAUCUCAUCCACUCAGCUCCCCUCCACCUACCAUCGCCAGCCACUGCCUGCCUCUUCUCCACUGUCGCCCUUAGCCACCUCUGUUGCCUUGCUUCCCGGACCCUGCUCCACUCACCGAGCCCCUAUUCCCUCAUCAUUCACUCUGUCUCCGCUAAUAAACCUGUGAUUACUGUGCUCUGCCUGAAGUCUGUGUUUUGGGUCCAACACACCACAGCUUCGUUACGACAGAACGAUCUGGCCAUCAUGGAUCCUGCAGACUCUGAUUCCCUCCGGCUCACACUCUCCAGUCAAGAGGAACUUCUCUGUAAACACGACCACCUACUCAGCAACCUACUGGACAACUCCACUGCUCUCGCCAGGCAAGAAUCCUCUCCUGCACUGCCUGCUGCUCACUUGGACCUGCUUCGGUCAUCUCAUCCACUCAGCUCCCCUCCAUCUGCCAUUGCCAGCCACAGCCUGCCUCUGCUCCACUGUUGCCCUCAGCCACCUCCGUUGCCCUGCUUCCCUGACCCCACUCCAUUCACCGAGCCCCUUUUCCCUCAUCAUUUACUCUGUCUCCGCUAAUAAACCUGUGAUCACUGUGCGCUGCCUGAAGUCUGUGUUUUGGGUCCAACACACCACAGCUUUGUUACGACAGUCAAUUUACAAUCAGUGCAAAGUGGCCUGUCUUACAAAAUGUUCUUUGACGAUAUAAAAUCUUUUACAUUUUAUAUCAUCAUUCUCUAUUAUAUGUGCAAGAAAUGACACCAUCCUUUGCAGUUGGCCAUUCACAAAAGCAAUUUAAUGAACCAGGCCAUUCACACAAAUUUUUUGUGUGUUCUACAAAAGCCACUGCACCCAAAAUUGUACAUAUCCCAUGUACUUUGAAAUGCUGCGAUCAUGUGACCAAUGCGCUGACAGCAGUAAACAAGAAAGUAGUCCCGAGCACUUGUAACAAUGAAACUGAUUCCUCAUAAUAAAAAGGACUUUUGCUCAGGACUUUCCCCUGAAGUCAUGGGUUGGAAAAGCGUGUGGACUUUGUCAUUUCUCUAUUCUAAAUCAAACCCUCAUGAAAAACAAUGAGCAAAAUAAACUUUCUGAAAGGGAUAGUGUUAGAGAACUU